CUCCCAAGGAGUGACGUCACGGCCGCCCCUGCCCCUGGACUCCGGAUUGAAUGAAGGGCCAUUGAGCGCGGAAAGGCGAGAGCAGCGGAUCCCGAGUCGCCUUUCUCUCCUUUGGGGGCCCAGGAGACCCCACGGAGCGGCUGCAGGUGGCUCUGCUUAUCUUCCUCAGCAAGCCUCCUUGGAAGAGGCUCCUGCAGAGAUACAAGAAGAGCAGCAGGAGCAGCAGAACAUCUGCAAAAGAGAGAGAGAGAGAGAGCAGCAGCCGGCAUCCGCUUCCUUCAGGGACAGCAGCUGCAUCCUCCUUGAGCCUCUUCUUGGAAUGGGAAAGCUCCCCUGACAGCCAGCAUCCUUUCCUCCUUUGGGUACCACUCACAACCUUCAUCCCAGCAUCCUUUCGCUCUUGGGUACCACCAGCAUCCUUCAUCCCUUAGAUACCAACAGCAUCCUUUCUCCCCUCUAUCUACCUCCAUCCCUUGGGUACCACUCUCCUCCUCUUCCCCCCUCUUCCCAACCUCAGCAGCAUCUCCUUCCUCCUCUUAGUCCCCUUCUUCUGUGGGCCACUUGGGGUCCCCGUCCCCGCUCCUCUCUCCAGCCCACCUCCAAGCCUCCCUGAGGCCCCUCCACAGCAGCCAAGACGCCGCGGGCUGUGCUCCGAGUGAAGAAUGGGACGUCGAAGCUGUCCAAGCCGCCGCCGCCGCCAACGUCCGAAGCCCCCGGAGGCAGCGGUGGGACUUCAGGGCUUUUCAUGGAACGGUCGCAGAGCCGCCUCAGCCUGUCUGCCUCCUUUGAGGCCCUGGCCAUUUACUUCCCCUGCAUGAACAGCUUUGACGAGGAGGACGCAGAAGAUGGUAGGAAACUCAAAGGCGCUAUCCAGCGGAGUACUGAAACUGGCCUGGCUGUUGAAAUGCCCAGCCGAACUAUUCGACAAGCUAGUCAUGAAUCCAUUGAGGAAAGCAUGAACAGCUAUGGAUCUGAAGGAAACUUGAAUUUCAGUGGCGUUCAUCUGGCAUCUGCUGGACAAUUUAGCGAUUUCCUGGGAAGUAUGGGGCCAGCACAGUUUGUGGGUCGCCAGACCUUGGCCACGACUUCCUUGGGGGAUGUGGAAAUUGGCUUACAGGAGCGAAAUGGACAACUGGAAGUAGAUAUCAUUCAAGCCAGAGGAUUAACCCCAAAGCCUGGCUCCAAAACCCUCCCAGCUGCUUACAUCAAGGCCUAUCUACUAGAAAAUGGGGUGUGCAUUGCAAAAAAAAAGACCAAAGUGGCCCGGAAAUCCUUAGAUCCAUUGUACAACCAAGUGUUGCUCUUUCCAGAGAGCCCACAAGGCAAAGUAUUGCAGGUGAUUGUUUGGGGAAACUACGGACGCAUGGAACGCAAACACUUCAUGGGAGUUGCUCGGGUUCUUUUGGAAGAACUGGACUUGUCAACUUUGGCGGUUGGCUGGUACAAGCUUUUCCCGACAUCAUCCAUGGUGGAUCCCGCUACCGCUCCAUUGCUGCGCCAGUCCUCACAGCUUUCUUUGGAGAGCACAGUAGGACCUUGCUGCGACAGGUCUUAAUGAGCAAGAAAGGACUGAGGGACUGCUUCUGUUUUUAAAGUCAUGCUGUCAAGGUUUUGUUUGCCAGAACGCUGUCCUCAGGCACAUUGCAUCUUCAACCAGUCCUUGAGGGAGCCUGAAGGUGAGGAUAGCCAAGUAACCUUGGGCAGGAAACAGGAUAGAGGCCAGUGACCUUUCUACAUCCAAGUAGGAGGAACAGCAGGGCAUGAAUCCUAAUUGUGGAAUGACAUACACAAGACAUACCUUUUUUCUUUCUGUUUUCCACUGUCAUCCAUACAUCCUUGCUUCAGAGCAAUGUGAAAUCUUGAAAAAUUGCAGCAACUUUUUAAAAUUGGGGAUGGUGUUUUCCUUUUCUUAGUGCUGUUUUACAAAUUUGAAAAAAGAGGACUUUUGGCAAUUCUUAAAUAUUGAAAAGCAAAUAUCUGUCCUAAAAGAAAUAGCAGUUUCAGGGAAACUUUAUGGGUUUUGUAAACUGUUUUUGUUUCCUUCUCGAGGUGGGGCAGGGAGACGAAUCUGCAACACUCUUUAGAACAAGUUCCAUAGUUCUAUUUGAUAUACAAAUGCUGUUGCUGGAUUUUUUUUUUACACUGUGCCAAAUUACCAGCAGUGUCUUCUACUACAGGACUUAGGCCAACAAUACUACAGAGCAUUUUUGCUAGAAGUAUAUACUUUAAUUACAACAGUAAGUUCUAAUACAAAGACUGUAGCAAGUCUCGUAGCUGGAAUGUUGCACAGAAAAUAUUGCUGAAAGCAAACAGGAAAUCUUGCAGAAAUAAGAUUUGCUAGUGCUAGCCCAUUGUUAGAUAUGAACAUUUUACACACACUCAUGCCAUAACUGACCUCAGCUUUUGCUUUCUCUUGUGUUCAUAUUCCCAUAUACAAAUCAAGCUUUGUAUUUUCUGCUGCAUAUCUUGUGAUGUGCCACAUUGCUCUGCAAUACAGAUUGGUUUGAGGUAGCAAUACUUUAUUCUACCAUUGCAAACAAUUCUAGUCUUAAAGGUUAUGUUUUCCUUGAAAGAUGGAUAGCUCAGAAGGUGACAUUAUAUUUGUCACCUGAAAGAUGUGCUUAGGAGAUCAUGUAAUCUUCAUAGAUAAAGGAAAAGAGUGAUGCACCGAUGCAGCUUAAUGUAAUAUACCUGUCAGGUGAAGUGACACAGAAGGAGGAAUUGGGUUUUCAAAAGCUCAAACCCAAAAGGCAGUUAAAGGCUUAGAAGGGUAUUUUCACAUGUGACACUAAUGGCACUUUUUAACCCCUUGCAAUGUGAGUUUUAAAUGAUUGUAAGGUGGGGGAAUAACAUUGGCAUUUCAUGUGGCAUUUUGUCUAUAUGCAAAUCCCUGUAUAAUAUAUGUGUAUGACUUAUGUGUAGACACAUUGUGCCCAUGCUGCAUUCUUUAUCUCCCAUCUGGCACGAUUACUCACCGCGUUGUAUUCAUUCUGGAUUCAGUAAAUAUGGGUGUGUCUUCGAUUGCACUAAUCAGAGGGUGAUGCAGCAGGUAAAGCUUUACUUUUGAACACAGCUUAAUAUAAAUCUUCUGAAGCUGUAAUGACUACCAUCAAGGGAUUGCAAGUGGCAAAAGUGACUUCCCAAGUCUCUUAUGCCAGUGUCCUGGUCACUGAAGAUGGACUUUGGGGAUGGUACUUAAAUGCAAAAAAAGAAGAAUGGUGUAAAUACUUUAUGUUAACAUAAAGAUAGGUAUACAUGUAUAUAUAUAUUCUGCAUAGAGCUAUGAAGACACUAGUUUUCAACACAGUGAUUCGUGUGCUUUAGAGUAGUUGGGUGAUACAUUUGACAGUGCCGAAUGCACAGCUCAAUUAAAGCAGCUUAUCUGGACACAGAUGUGUCUGAAGUUUCUUGAAAGAGUGAUUUUAGAAAGUACCUUAGACUCUAUCUGUAUUUAAAUCUACCUUUUGUACAUGACUACCCAUUUCUUUUUGUCCUCAUUUCUAACAAAGGUUUUUAUUGUUGCUCUCUCACAUCUGUUUUUCCUGUUUGGAUGCCAAAGGGAGAUUUUGUUUGACACUCUUAAGAUGCCAAGUCCUGAACUGACAUUUACGAACCGUCCGGAAAUGGCUUCCUGCCUUGUUAUUACAGCACUGAGUAAUAUCAAGGCUCUACGUGAACUAUGAAAUAAGCAUGGCUAAAGCAUGACUUGCUAUAGAAUGAAACUUAGACAGUCACAUAUUAUAGGUAGCGUUUUUAACAGUUUGGGACAUAAUGACUGAAGUUAGGCUCAAUAGUAAUGAGCUAUGCUAGAGGAAACUAAUAUAGACAAUAAAAUAAGGAAUUUUAAGUCUAGUAAAGUCAUAGACGUUCCAGAGUUUUAGUCUGAUUAUCCUCAUUUCUUCUAUGCCUGUGAUUUCCAUGUAAUUCCUUUUCCGAAUCAUAGUAAAGCUUUUUCUGCAUUUGGGUUAAAGGAAGAUAGUUGCAUGCUGGUCAAAAUAUGUUUGGAUUCUUUGGAUUUUUU